UCCCGGCUUGGUUGGGUGGACAGUCCACGUAAAGUGUCUUUUUUAAAAUGAGGUGUUUGCUACCAGGAGACUGAAGAACUUAAGGUAAAAAAAAAAGUUUUGCAGCUUCUGUAGAAAAACGAGAUCUGGCAACAUUGGACCAGAAUCCCCAGUGUCACCAGUCCCCCAGAGCAUUUGCCUGACCGCUUGGCUGGUUCGUGCGGGCCUGUAAGGUUGCAGCCCCCCGUGCGUUCGUUCUCGAAUCGGAAGGCCGAUCUGAAGGCCCCGGUCAGCAUCUCCGGCCCCUUACAGUUUCAGGUUAUUAAAAAUGUCUUUCUAGACAAACGGGAUCCGGGCCUUGGUGUACACAGUGCUUCGCUUGGUUAUGCCAGUCUCGUAUUAGUGGCUCCUUGUAGCGGUCCGACGGCGUCUCGGGGAGGGAGGCCCGGUAGCGUUGCGCCCACCCCCGCGGCGGUUUGGCGGCGGGAGGAAACGGGCUCACCGGUGUCGUUCCUCGGCCGAGGUCAGCAGGUGUUCCCGCGAGAAUUCCACCCGAGUCGUGGCUCUUUGCAACCAGUGCGUUUGUCUGGUGCGUGGCAGGCGAGGGUGGGGCCCAGGAAAGCAGCCCCGCUGGGGCCGGCGUGUGGCCGUCCCCUGCGUGGAGCUGGCAGCUGGCUGCGGAGGAGCCGGAGGGAGCAGAAACGGAGUUCGGCGGGAAGGUGUUAGAACCUUCAGAGAGCAGACCAGCCGGUGGAAAGGAGCAGCCCAGGACCUCAUGUCAUGGAGCCAAGGGAAGACGUCUCCGGGGGCAAAAAGCCAUUUAAAAGUGGAAAAACAGGGAAAAGGUUUACACUGGAUUUAGCAACAGGGAGAUGAUCCUGGUGACCGCCAGGAGUGGCUUCACUGGAGCGUUGGGGUGGCAGCCGCUCAGGAGUAAAGAGGUGACGAGGUGGAGCGAUGGGAGAUCCUCGAGCAGCUUAAGCUGGUGGGAGGGAGCCAGUGGGGACAGAAGGUUUGCUGGUGCAGAGGAGAGAGGAAUAACGAGCAAAGUCCUCUGGAAGAUGGGAGGGAUGACAUCCAGAGUGUCAGGAGGCCCCGCCAUGUCCCGACCGCAGACCCCAGAGCCGGCCCGCCCCGCACAAGAAGACUCCCCCACGGGCACCGGGGGCGAGGACACCGGUGACGGGAUCCAACACUCGCACCGCAUGCUCAGCUUCAGCGACGCACUCCUGUCCAUCAUCGCCACUGUGAUGAUCCUGCCUGUGACCCACACGGAGAUCUCCCCGGAACAGUUUGACAAAAGUUUACAGAAACUUCUAGCAACCAGGAUUGCUGUCUACCUGAUGACGUUUCUCAUUGUGACUGUGGCCUGGGCAGCACACACAAGACUGUUCCAGGUUGUUGGUAAGAUAGACGACACGCUUGCCUUGCUCAACCUGGCCUGCAUGAUGACCAUCACUUUCCUACCAUUCACUUUUUCCUUAAUGGUGACCUUCCCCGAGGUGCCUCUGGGCAUCUUCCUGUUCUGUAUGUGUGUGAUUGCCAUCGGGGCCGUGCAGGCGCUGAUCGUGGUGUAUGCGUUCCACUUCCCCCACCUCCUGAACCCCCAGAUAGAGUGCUCCGCCCACAGGGCCCUGUACCGGCAGCACAUCCUGGGCAUUGUCCUCAGGGGCCCGGCCUUAUGCUUCGCUGCUGCUGGCUUCUCCCUGUUCUUCUACCCCUUGUCGUACCUGCUGAUGGCGACGGUCAUCUUCCUCCCCUACGUCAGCAAGGCCUGCAGCUGGUGCAAGGGCAGGCUUGUGGGCCCCCAAGAGCCCCCAGCUCACAGUGUGGAGUUCUUCACUUUUGACCUGCAUGAGCCUCUCAGCAAGGAGCGGGUGGAGGCCUUCAGCGACGGGGUCUAUGCCAUCGUGGCCACGCUCCUCAUCCUGGACAUCUGCGAGGACAACGUCCCGGACUCCAAGGACGUGAAGGAGAAGUUCCACGGCAGCCUGGUGGCAGCGCUGAGCGUGUAUGGGCCGCACUUCCUGGCGUACUUUGGCUCCUUCGCCACGGUGGGCCUGCUCUGGUUUGCCCACCACUCGCUCUUCCUGCACAUCCGCAAAGCCACGCAGUCCAUGGGGCUGCUCAACACGCUGUCACUGGCCUUCGUGGGCGGCCUCCCGCUGGCCUACCAACAGACCUCGGCCUUCGCCCAGCGGCCCCACGACGAGCUGGAGAGCGUGCGCGUCAGCUGCGCCAUCAUCUUCUUCGCCAGCAUCUUCCAGUUUGCCAUCUGGACCACGGCCUUGCUGCGCGAGGAGGAGACGCUGCAGCCCUCAGCACGGUUUGGGGGCCAGGAGCACGCAUUCAUGUUCGCCAAGCUCGCGCUGUACCCCUGCGCCAGCCUGCUGGCCUUCGCCGCCACCUGCUUCCUGAGCAGGUUCAGCACGGCCAUCUUCCACCUGACACAGAUCGCCGUGCCCUUCACCUUCCUGCUGCUGCGCCUCCUGGUGCGCCUGGCCCUGGCCGUGCUGCGGGCCCUGCGGGGCCUCGCCCUGCCCACCCCAGGGGCCGAGGACUGCACCACGCGGUCCCCACUCCUCCCGUCCCCCUGCUAGCUCCAGGGC